AUGAAGACAAAGACUGACCUCCUUCUCCUACUCCUCGUCCUGGCAGAAGGUGGCGGUUCAGCUUUCUCUGCAGAAGGAUAUGCAGGAGAUUCCAUCAUCAUCAAGUGUAAAUAUGACAAAACACACAAAGGCAAAGGCAAAGACAAAUACUUCUGCAAAGAUCGCGCCAAUUUCAUGAGCUUCUGUGGCACACAGAUAGAAUCAAAGGCUAGUAAAGGGUGGCAGAGUAAGGGCAAAUUCUCUCUGUAUGACAAUACGGAUGACGGAUUCCUAAAGGUGAUCAUGAGAGACCUGACAAAGAGUGAAGCGGGGAAGUACUGGUGUGCAGUGAAAAAUAUGUUCCUUAAUGACUACACAGAAGUCAAUGUGAAAGUGAACAAAGCAGAAAAUGAAACGGUCCACAAAGUGUCUGGAUAUAUUGGACAUGACAUCACCAUUAAAUGCAAGUACGACGAUACGGGCAGAAACAAGAGCAAGUAUCUGUGUAAGAACACAGCUGUAGGGUGUGAAGAUAGAAUAGUAACAGACGGAAAGGACCAAUGGGAGAGCAGCGACAGGUUCUCUCUCUAUGACAACACCACUGGAGGAUUCCUCAUGGUCAACAUCACCAGCCUCACCGUAGAAGAUUCUGGGACAUACUGGUGUGCUGUGGAUGAACCAUUCGCUGCCAACUCUAAAGUCAGUGUUGACAAGUUCAAGACAGUACAGCUGGAUGUACAUAGUGGCCCGCCAUCCAUUGAAAUGACAGGGUAUGUGGGAGGUGCAGUGAUGUUGAACUGUAGCUUCUUACGUAACUACGCGAACAGCAAGAAAUUCCUCCGCAAGGUGAACUCUAUUGGACCUGGAUAUGAAGACAAGAUAACAACUGAUGUCAAUGACAAAUGGAAUACAUCGGACCGCUUCUCUCUGUUUUAUAACUCCUCUGGAAACUUCUCUUUCGUGAAAAUCAGAGAGCUGACCAAUGAUGAUAUUGGGACAUACCGGUGUGCAGUGGACAUGCCUCUCAGUAAAAAUAGACCGGUUAGUGUUGACGAUGACGAGCACAUGGAUGUACGUCUGCGCGUAGAAGAAGGCUCCUGUUGUGAGAGGCAUAUGGAGAUAAAAGCCGUUGCUGAAAAACAACUUAACAUCAGCUGCAGGUAUCCAGAUCAGCACACAGCCAGUCCUAAGUUCUUCUGCAAGGAAAGAGAUAAUAAUGUUGCAUGUAGAUACAAAUUUACGAGCCAAGAAAGCGGGGAGAAGAUAAAGAUGGAUCAGUACUCUCUCCAUGACAACAAGGAGAGCAAGGUGGUUGUUGUGUCCUUCAGAAAUGUCAGCCAUCUUGACGGUGGACAGUACUGGUGUGGAGUGGAGGUCAACAGGGAUGUAGGACGCUACAAGAUGUUCAUCACCAAGAUCUCACUAAGGGUUGAAGAUGGUUGGAUCUUUUUGUCCUCCUCUGAGGAAGUGACUGUACAGGUGAAAACCUCAUCUAUACCAGCCGGUCAAACUCAUGGUUCUCCAGUGGUUCUGCCCAUCUCCGUAAUCAUAAUGUUGAUCUUGAUUGGAAUCGUUCUCUUCACGUUUGUCAAGUGCAGAAAGAGCCGGCGGGGUAAAGAAUCAACCUCAAUCCUAACCAACACUCAAGACAACAACACAACAAGGGCAGACUGUGAUUAUGAAGAGAUCAAGGACUCCAGCAUCUCAGCGUCUGGACACGGCGCUGCACACGCUGUGACUCAACCGCCCACAGACCCCUGCACUGACGUUCAUUACUCAACUGUCCAAUUACCCAUAAGCCCCGUAGAUGACCCCACAUACUCAACUGUGCAGUCGCCUGCGAACCACUCUGAGGGCUAUGGCUAUGCCUCGGUCACGUUCAGGAAGAGUCUGUCCUCCAACGACGCAUCUGUCACACUCAACACAGAUGAACUCUCCUGUGAUUACGCAACUGUCAACUGCCCCUCUCAUGCUUAGACGUAAUUUAGUUCUAAUAGUGUAAAUAUAUUAGAUCAUUUUUCUAAGUAAAAUUAUAAUAAUUACAGUACAUGAUGACGGCAAGUAUUACAGCGACUCUUAAGCAACACCCCUCUGAUUGUCGAAAAUAAUUUUGUAAUCAAUUUGUCUCAAUUACUGUAUUUGUGUGAAGUGUUGGUAUUUUGGGUUGAUUUUGUAUUGAGGUUUAAUGUUUUAUUGUGUGUUUUAUCCCUGUAAAAGCAAAUAAACAAAUGAAUAAA